AUGGAUAUAUGUAUAAGUCAUCUUUAUAAUAGACAAAUAAAAAAAAACAUUUUACAGGAUUUAUUUUACAAAUUAGAGAAUUAUGAUAAUGAGGAUUUUUUAUGUUUUGAUGUAAAUUCGAGUGGAAAUGUUUUAGUUGUUAGUACGAAAAGUAAGUUUUAUUUUUUCCAUAUAAUAACAGGUACAUUAUUAUAUGAGUAUUGUUAUUAUAAUGAGGAAGAGAAGAUAGAAAAGAAACUAGAUAUUUGUGAAGAAAAAAUAAUUACUGAGAAGAAUAAUCCACGUUGUGAGAUAAAUUAUGAUGAAAAUAGUAAAAAGGAUGAAGAGCGCGAAAAAAAUGUGAGUACAUUUGAUGGUGAUGGGAUGGAAGAAGAACAUGUUAAUAUGAAAAAUGGAGGAAUCAUAAAUUAUAAAAAUUGUAAAAUAAAUAAUAAUGAUCAAAUGGGAUAUACUACUGCUGCUACUCUUACAGAUAAUAAUAAUAAUAAUAAUAUUAAUUUUAAUUAUGAUGAUGUGGUAUGUCAUAAUAGUAGUAGUAAUAAUAGUAAUAAUAAUGAAGAAAUAAUAUGUCUUAAUAAUAAUAUAAGUGAGAUAAAUUUUAAUAAAGGAGACCAUACUUUUAAUAUGAGUCUGAACAAUUGUAAUAAUAUUUCAGAAGUAGAACAUGAAGAAAAAGAAGAAGAUGAAGAAGAAGUAGUAGAAGAAGAGGGAGAGGGAGAUAUUAAAAAAAUUAGUGAAUUACAAAUUAAUGAUAAAGAUAUAAAAAAUUAUAAACUAAUUGAAGAUAAUUCUAAUGAAAAUAAAAAUUGUUCUGUGAAUGAUAAAAAUACUCUUUUGAAUAAUAAAAGAAAGUUUUCUAAAUUGAAAAGUACCAAGGUGAAAAAACCAAAAAAGAAAUAUAAAUAUAAGAAUAAAAAUUCAUAUAAUAAAAAUAUGAAUUUAAAUGAUAAGAAUAAUAUAAAGAAUAAAAAUAAUGAUAUUAAUUCACAAAAAAGAAAUACAAUUGACAAUUGUUGUGAUGAAAAUAAAUAUAUUAAAAAAAUGUUAUUUAUAAAAAAUGAUAAAUAUUUAUUAUGUAUAUCAAAAAGAUAUAUUCAUAUUUAUAAAAUAAAUAAAUAUCCAAUUAGGAGAAUAAUAUAUUUGGAUUUAUUAUAUCUAUGUUGUGGACUUGAAACUAUCAUUUCUAAGAAAUUAUUUUUGCCUUGUUUUUUUUCUGAAUAUUUUUAUUCUUUAUAUAAAGAAAAUGAGAAAAAUAUAAAAGAUGAAGAAAAUAAAAUGUGUAAUGAUAAAUUUGUAGAUGUAUUUCCUAAGAUGGAUAUGAAAAAUUGCAAAGGUGUAAAGAAUGCUGAAUAUAAAAAAGAUUAUGAUGAUAUAAAAAUAGAUGAUAUAAAAGAAUAUGAAAAGGUGGUUAUUGCAGAUGAGGCAGUUAAAAAAGACAAUUCUGAUAUGAUGGAAGGAAAAGAAAAAGGUCAUUUAGAUAUUUUUAAAAAUUAUUACAAUUUAUAUAACAGUUUGAAUUUUACAAAGGUACGAAACUUUGAUAUAUGUGAAAUAAAAUUUAUGAAUUUACAAAGGAAGAAAAUAAAGUGGUCAAAUAAAAAUAUGAACGAUAAUACAAAAAAUAAUAUAGAUAAUGAUACAAAAAAUAAUAUAGAUAAUGAUAUAAAAAAUAGUACAUAUAAUCAUACUAAUAAUAAUAUACCAUGUGAUAAAUCCAAUGGAAAUUCUUAUGAGGAAAAAAAUAUAUAUAUUAUGGAUAUGAUAUUAUGUUCUAAAGAACAAAUACCAUAUUUGAGCAGAUUAUAUAUAUAUGAAAAUAAGAAACUACAAAAUAAUAAUAAUACUUUAAAUACAUUUUGUGAUAUAUUUAUGAAUAAUUAUAUUGUAGAUACAGAUAAUACGUUUCCUUUAAUAUCGAUUGAUCAAAUGAAUAGUAUUAUCGAAGAAAAUGUUAAGGAGAAAUAUUUACAUGUAAAGAAAAAUACUAUUUUAUAUUCUCAUCAAAAUAUAAAUAUUAUGGAUAAAAUGUAUUAUCCUAAUAUGGGUGUAGUAAAUAUUGAAAGGUACCAUAAAAAUAAAGAAGAAGCAACAGUUCAAGAAAAUAGUAUUACUACUACUACUACUACUUAUAAUAAUAAUAAUAAUAAUAAUGAUAAUCGUAUUUGUUCUUAUAAAAAUAUGUGUGAUAAUAAUGAGGGUAAAAUAGAAAGUGAGAAAGGAGCAAAUGAUACUUCAAAUAAUACUAAAAAUUAUUUAAAUAGUGAUGUAAAAAGAGAUAAUAUUAAUAAUAUUUAUUAUGAUAAAGAGAAUAGUCAUAUGAUUAAUAUAUAUGAAAAGUUUGAGAAAAAUCGAAAACAUCUAAAGAAAUUAUUAAACACAAAUUUCCCUGUUUGUAUUUAUAAAAAAGUUUGUAAGAGGAGAUUUAAGGAAUUACCAACAACUUUAAAUAUUUAUGACAGUCUAGAUAUGUUAUUUAAAAUGAAUAGCGAAAAGGAAAAUAAUGCAAAUAAAGUUGAUAAAGAUAUAAAAGAAAAAAAUGAACCAGAAAAUGAUAACAUGAUAUCAAUGAAUGAAGAAAAAAAUAUUUUAAAAAAAUUUAAGAACCAUUUUGUUAUUGAUUAUUCUGAUAGUGUAAAUAAUAAUAGUUUUACUUAUCCAAGUAUAUUACUCAGAAAUAAAAAUGUGUUAAAAAAUUUAAACAGAAAUGUAAAUGUUGAUAAGUAUAAGCAAUAUAUAUUUUUAGGUAUCCAUUCAUUCCUCUUUGCCUUUGAAUUAUACUUUGUAAAGAGAAAAAGCAAAGGAAAAAAAAAAGAAGAUAAAAAGGGAGAAGAUGAAUAUUAUGAAGAAGAAAAUGAAUAUUGUCAAGCAAAAGAUGUAUAUUGUCAAGCAAAAGAUGUAUAUUGUCAAGCAAAAGAUGCAUAUUAUAAACAACAAAAUGAUCAAUAUAAUAAUAUGAAUGGGUCCCAUAUGGGUAGGCAUGCAAAUUCGUUUAACGUAUUUCCAAAGAAUAAUUAUGUUUAUAAAAAAUUAGAACAUAUGAAAAAAGAGAUAUAUAAUAUAAAGAAUAAAUUUUUUAAAAUAAUAAGAAAUAAGCAUUGUGAGAAAAGCAUAAAAAUAAAAUAUUUAUUUAAGAUAUAUUUAGGUGUAACAACUCCUUUAGAAAUAGUUAUGAGAGAAAAAGGAAAUAUAUUGUGUAUAAGAACUUGUGAUAAGGUAUUUUUAUUUAAAGUAAAUUAUAAGUAUAACAUUUAUGAUUGUGAUAUAUUGGAUGGUUAUAACAAAAUGUUUUCAUCCAUAUGUGAAAAAAAAAAAAAAGAUAUAAAAGAAUAUAAUAAUAUAAAUAUGUUAGAUAAUUAUUAUAACAAGAGUUAUAAUAAUAAUAAUAAUAAAAGGAGAAACUAUAUAUUUAGUUAUAUUGAUGAAAUACGAUCAUAUCAUACAAUUCAUAAUCCCAUACAAAAAGAAAUAAACGAAUUAUGUUGUUUUAGUGAUGAUAUUUAUCAAACAUAUUUACUUGUGAUAACAUUAAGAUCAGGAGUACAUACGUUAUAUAUUUAUAAUUUAAAAAAUAUUGAUUUACAGAAUGCUAUUAAGGUAAAUAUUUCUGCAUAUAAAGGAUUUAAACAAAUAAAAUGGACUAAGUGUUAUGAUAUGUUAAUAUCUUUAUCAAAUGUAGGAAAUAAUAUUUUAGUUUUAAAGAAUAAACAUUUAAAUAACUGGAGUUUUUUUAUAUCUGAUUUUGAAUUAAUAGAUUCGAAUAUUGAAGUUAUUGAAGAUGAUAAUGAAUUUGACAUAAUAGAAAAUAUCCAACCGAAACAUAAAAACAUGGAAGAUAAUAUAUGGAAAUAUAUAAUAAUAUAUUUAAAUUUAUUUAUUAAAAAUAAAGUAUUUAUUCAAAAUUUAGUUCAUCCAUCUUCUCUUUUUCCUAUUUUAUAUACAGGUUAUUAUAUUAAUAGUCCUAAGUAUUUUUUUUAUAACUUAUCUUAUGAUCUAACAAAACAAAAUUUCUUAACCUAUCGAUUAGAAGAAGAAGAAGAUGAUGAUGAUAAUAAAUGUAGUAAAUUAAAAUAUGUAAAGAAUAGAGAUAAAUGUAAUGAUUUUUUUAAUAUAAAGGAACAUGUGGAAGCAUAUACAAAUACAGACGAAGAAAUAUAUCAAAAUAUAAAUGAAGAAAUGAAUCCUAUGGAAAGGAUAAAUUUACAAAUUAAAGACAAUUCAAACAAUAUUGAAUUAAUAACUCCCUCUAUGAAAUAUUAUUUGUAUUACAAAAAUAUUAUUAAUUUUUCAAUAUGA